AUGGACAUCAAGCAGAAUCCCUCGGAUUGGAAAGAUGCGGACCCUCCAUAUCGUUCCCUCGCUGAAAUCCCUCGCUCUGCGAAGCCGAUUCAGAAAAGUGUCAGUUUCAUGGAUAUCUCGGAACCCAAUUUCACUCGCUUUCGAGCUGUAGAGUCAUAUGGCCCACGUAAUUAUGAAUUCAGACGCCUCGAGGAAUCGACGAUGUCUACAGCCUCCGCGAAGAUUGAAGUCGUAGUUCGAGCGUAUCAGUUCGUAUCGCACUCCCGAGUGUGGUCAACGUGGAUUUUGGUUGAAGUGGAGUCUCAGCGCGAACAUACUGUUCGGGCUUUCGAGUUGAAUGGAGAAUUCUUUCUCCAGAAGACUCCGGAGGCUCUUGGUGUACGUCCUUCUCGAAGCACGGGUCCUUCAGAACAGUGGGCGGCGCUGCAUUCCGCAAUCUUUGAUUACGUGGAUGUUACCGCCCCCCGCCCUCGCUACUCCACUUCAAGAUUAUCCUCGAUGAGACUAAUCCGUGAAAACGAAUCAGUCUGCGGAUGUCUACCCUCGCUAUCACAUCAGGACUCGAACGGCCUAUCGGAAUUCUGUAAAACCCGCCAAAUCGCCCAAAAAGCGAUGUUGCAGCUGCAUCACAAGUUACAGUCGAGAUCCCUCGAUUCGAUCUUGUCACUCAAAUGGAGCUUCCCGUAA